AUGUCCUCACAAUUGAAAGGGAAAAGCCUGUGUCUCCGCGAUCUCCUGGAAAAGGACUAUGUCAACGAAGAACACAUAGCAGCGUUUGCUCAUGCACUUCAGGAGGACGAGAGUUACUUUGACUAUGUAGGAGACCCCCACUCCCCGCCUGGCGCUGCAACCCCGCAGUCCACCCACAGCACUCGCAUCCGCAAGGUCUCUGCACUCUCGGACUUUGCUCCCAUCAAUCUGAAAGUGAAAAGGUCCAGAACAAAGAAACAGUUCAAACAGACAGGCCGACAUGAUUGGCUGUUCAUCCUUCUUCGCUGGCCUCUCCUCAUAUUUAUUUUCACUGUCAUUAUGGCAGAAUUUGGUCUCUAUGUCCUUAUUCGACAGGUUGUUAAUACCAAGGAAUGGAUAACCGCAUGGAGAGGGAAGAAAGGGCAUCUGAGGAAGAAGCUCCGCGCUUCUCGCACUUAUGAGGAGUGGAAGGAAGCAGCCAGAGAAUUGGACGCCUACCUCCAGUUCGAUGAGUGGAAGAAGAUAGACGAAGACCCAUACUAUGACUGGAAGCUCGUUAGAAAGGUCAAACGGUCAUUACAAACGCUUCGGGAGAAGGAGGAUGCUCGUGGCUGUCUGGGAGUGUUGGAGACGUGCAUUAGGUCCAACUUUGCAGCCGUAGAAUCUCCUAGGUUGUACAGCGAGACUUAUCUAGGAACGAAGGACCUGAUUGAAUCCUACUUUUCCGAACUCGAAAAGUCUAUUGUGUUCAUUCGGGACUCUCCCCACCUUUCUAUCGACGAGAAGAGACGUUUCUUUAAAAGCGCCAACGCUAAUCUCGGCACAACGGCGCUUUGCCUCUCUGGCGGAGCAUCGUUUGGCUAUUAUCACUUUGGGGUCGUGAAAGCUUUCUUCGACGCGGGCCUACUGCCUCGCGUCAUCUCUGGGACGAGUGCUGGAGGGUUAAUUGCCGCAUUCGCUUGUUGUUAUACCGACGAGGAGUUGAAGGUCAUGCUUGUCCCAGAGCUCGCAGACAAGAUUACUGCGUGCGAAGAGUCCGUCACCGUGUGGAUGAAGCGGUUUUUGAAGACUGGCGCUCGGUUUGAUAGCGUUGCUUGGGCACGAAAGUGCUCGUUCUUCACUCGUGGUUCGAUGACAUUCAAGGAAGCAUAUCUUCGGACGGGAAGGAUCCUUAAUAUCUCUGUUAUUCCCGCGGACAGACACUCACCAACUAAACUGUUAAAUUAUAUUACUGCGCCUGAUACCGUUAUCUGGUCUACCCUUCUCGCCUCAGCCGCCGUCCCGGGAAUCCUGAAUCCUGUUGUAAUUAUGCAGAAGUUGAAGGACGGAACGAUUGUCCCCUGGAACUGGGGAAGUCGGUUCAAGGAUGGGUCUCUUAGAGUCGAUAUACCCCUUCAGGGCCUCAACCUUUAUUUCAACGUCACCAAUCCUGUUGUCUCACAGGUCAACCCACACGUCCACCUUUUCUUCUUCGCUCCUCGAGGGUCUGCCGGAAAGCCUGUUGCACAUAGGAAGGGCAAAGGAUGGAGGGGAAAUUUCCUGCUCUCGGCCGCUGAGCAGUGGCUUAAACACGAACUGACAAAGAACUUCAAGGUCAUUCGUGAUCUUGAACUCCUUCCUACUCUGCUUGGCCAGGACUGGUCGAGUGUGUUUUUGCAACGGUUCGAUGGGGCAAUCACCAUUUGGCCUCGAACGAGAGAUUGGAUUCGAAUCUUGAGCGAUCCUGAUCGGCCCGAGUUGGAACGCCUAUUAGCAUGCGGUCAAAUCGCGACCUGGCCCAAGCUGCAUAUGAUUGAAAAUCGCACUCGCAUCGAGAAAGCCAUUUUCGCUGGCCGACAAGAGCUCCGCAAGAUUCUGAAGAAGAGGGCAAGCAAGACUGGGACUCUAGGCAAUGGCGAGUCUCGAUCUACAUUGUUGUCUGUUCCUUCUUCGAGUAGACAACCCCCACCAACGGCCCUCAAGUUGCCUUCCCAAUCAUCACCUUCCACCAGCGUAGAGCGCCCUCUCCCACCAGAUACCGAUGCUGAAGCCGCAUUUGCUGACGGUUCUAGCUGGUUUUUCAAACGAGGGCGUCGUUCACGCUCUGAGUCACCUCCAGACGGACCUGAUCCACUUUUGUCGCCUGCUAUCCGUAAGAAAUGGGCGUCAGACUUGCUGGAUAUGCCUGCUUCGGGAUCGGACAGUGCUUCGCACCAACAUUCUGAACUCAGACAUACGCUCAACGACAGCUAUCAAGCCGUCGACCCCCCUCCUUCACCUUCGAUAUUCGCACGACUUAGGCGGAAUUCCUUGUCCUUUAUCAACGGAUUCAGGUCUCGACGUGGUUCAGAGGAUGAAGCGGAAGCUUGGAGUUCGGAGAGCUCGUCGGGGGAUGAUGGAUGGCCAGGAUCCCGGCACCAUUCGCGUCUACACUCCCCUGCUCCCGAAAGACGUGCACUUAUAGAAGAUGUCGAUGGACAGUAUAACAACAUUGACCCAGACGACGUGUAA